AUGGAUUGUGUCAAUUGCGAGUGCACUGUGAAGACGAUGGACAACCUGGAAGGUGCGAUCCGCGCUCUCAUGCAACGUGGAAAACACGUGAAUCGGAUGAUGGACAACGAGAAGCUCAUCAGAGAGGCGAAAAAGAUGGAGGAGGUGGCCGAGUUGAAGAAGACGCUUCCGACGAGCCAGAUUGUCGUGGAGACUGAGCCGGAGGAGGAGUCCACUGUGGUCAACUCGGAUCGCGAGAAGAAGAGACGACUCAUCUACAACAAAAGACUCCGAGCCGCCGAGUCAAUCGAUUUCGACAUUCCGUCGCUGAACUAUGAGACCUCGGUGGGUUUUGGCUUCAAGAACCAGGAGAAGAGUAACAUUUCAGAGCUCUUACCAACCGACCACCUCUGCGGUGAUCUCUAUCCCCGAGAAGACGUGCCCUUCUUCGUUGUACACCAAGUCGCACACCGUCACCACCGAGAUGACUCAUUCGGUAAGCAUAUAACCUAAUCGUUGCCAGUUAAGCCAAUAAAUCUCAGACAUACAAGAAAUCGAAAAGUGGAAUCCUGGCGCUCAACGAUCAUUACGUGGUCGACAAAGACGGAAGAUCGGAGAAGUUGCCGUUGAAGGCGUACGUGAAGCAGCGCUCGGACGGAUCUCUCGACGUUUCGUUAGUCUUCUUCGAUGAGAACGGCGAGAAGGCCAUGGAGAUUUCGAUGAACGCGUACGAGAAGAAGGUGCAGAAUGUGUUGUUCUGUGGAAAGAGCGUCAAAUCGGUCGAUUGA